AUGGCGCUGAGCGGGGUGCGGGUGCUGGAGCUGGCCGGCCUGGCGCCGGCGCCGCUCUGCGGCAUGAUCCUCGCCGACUUCGGGGCCCAGGUGGUGCGGGUGGACCGGAUAUCCCGCUCCGCCGUGACCACCGACGUGCAGGGCCGCGGCAAGCGCUCCUUGGCGCUCGACCUCAAGCGACCCCCCGGCGCGGCGGUGCUGAGGCGGCUGUGCUGUGGCGCGGACGUGCUCAUCGAGCCCUUCCGCCACGGUGUCAUGGAAAAACUUGGGCUUGGUCCGGAGGUCCUUCUACAAGAGAAUCCCAGACUCAUCUAUGCUAGACUUACUGGAUUUGGCCAGACAGGAACAUAUGCCAAGUCUGCAGGUCAUGACAUCAAUUAUUUGGCUUUAACAGGUGUGUUGUCAAAGCUGGGUAGAAAAGGUGAAAAUCCUUAUGCACCCAUAAAUCUUCUGGCUGAUUUUGCUGGUGGAGGUGUCAUGUGCGCAAUGGGCAUUGUUACAGCCCUUUUUGAACGCACCAAAUCUGGCAAAGGGCAGAUUGUUGAUGCAAGUAUGGUAGAAGGAGUAGCAUACCUAAGUUCUUUCCUGUGGAAAUCACAAAAUUUGGGACUUUGGAACAGACCUCGAGGUGAGAACCUGCUAGAUAGCGGUGCACCUUUUUAUGAAACCUACAAGACCUCCGAUGGAAAAUUCAUGGCUGUUGGUGCCAUUGAGCCUCAAUUCUAUGAGCAGUUAAUAAAGGGUCUUGGGCUAGAUUCAGAUAAACUCCCCAGUCAGUUGAGUUUCUCUGACUGGCCCGAAAUGAAGAAAAAAUUUGCAUCCAUAUUUGCACAGAAGACACAAGCUGAAUGGUGCAGCAUAUUUGAUGGUACUGAUGCCUGUGUGACCCCUGUUUUAUCCUUUGAUGAUGUUGCUUCACACCAGCAUAACAAACAAAGAAGUUCUUUUAUCAAAAAUGAUCAGGAAGAGAUAAGUCCUAGACCUGCUCCUCUUCUAUCAAGGACCCCUGCUGUUCCAUCGUUUAAAAGAGAUCCUUUUAUAGGAGAACACACAGAAGAGAUACUGCUAGAAUAUGGAUUUACUAAGCAAGAGAUUACUAAACUUUACUCUGAUGAAGUAAUAGAAUUCAGUAAACAAAAAGCUAAUUUAUAAUCUCUAAAUAUGCAGAUCAGACAAACUUCAGGUUGAUACAAUAUAUUUUUAUGCAUUAAAAUUUAAUUACGGCAAAAAUAUUUGCAUUAUAUAGCUUUUAAAUAACUUUUUAAAUUAUUGAAGUUGUAAAUUUAAUUGAAGACAGUGGGAGUUAUGUACUUGUGUACCUGGAUGAUCUGCAGUCUAGAAUGAUACCAAAUUGUGUUCUGAAGAUGUACACAGUUUGCUUAGUAAGCAGCUGUAAGUCCUCAAAAUGUUUCUUUAAAUACCAUAUCCUGUGAAAUGUUUGUUUCUUUUAAUUCUUAGUUACACCGUUGCUUUGUAAUGUAUGUUGCAACAACAUGAAGAAAAUACUUCUCUUAAAAUAUAGUUAUAUUCUUCCUG